CUCCUUGGAGAGAUCAAAAGAUGCCCUGAGCUUGGUCACAAUGCUGCAGUGUUUGCUGCCCCUCCCGCGCGCAGGUGCUCUGUCAUGCAGUAUGUUUGCGUCCUGCUCUUGACCUCGAGCAGGCAGGCCGUGAUUGGGAGCCAGCUGUGCUUUUCGACGCCGGCUCUCAGAUCGGGCUCCACCGUGCCCAAGAGCUUCGCCUGUUACGGAAAUCGUGCCGAGCCGCCAACGCAGCCACGGCGAGGCGGGUACGCUGUGCGUGUGCUCAGCAGACGAUACAUUACCAUCUACGUAUCAUAUCCUGACACGCGGUAUCCUUACAAACAAUACGCACGCUGCGUCGCCGUCCACAAAUCACGUUCCUGUUUAACUCCCGAGGUCAACGCCAGUCGUACGAGCCGUCAGCCGCCUGGGCUGCAGGCUGCAGCUGGCUGCUGCAUAACACAUCGCGGAUUCUUCGGCUCAUCCUGCGGCCCGUCAUCCUGCGGUGGAUUUUCUGGGGAGUCCAUACGCGCGCGACUGGGUUGCAUAUCCAGGAUCCUCGCUGGGUAA